AUGGUACCGAGUUACACUAUAUCGGUAUAUAACCAGGUCACGCAUCGCUUUGUUGGGGCUGAUCAUAUCAGUCUUGGCACGGAUACACCAGUGCGUAACAUCAGGGGAGCCUUGAGUGAUGGCUUCAAACCGACUGAGGCUCUCUUCAACACUGGUGUUCCGACGGGGGGGCGAGAUACCAUAAAAAAGAUCGUGGGCGCUAGAACAAUCGAGCGAGAUGUCUUUGGAUCCACAGUGUUACGUCUGCUCUUCAAGCUCAUACCUGAUCGCGUCGCUUUGGUCUUCCAUUUCCACGAAAGCUUGUCACGGCCACAGGUCACAGUUUCUAUGGGCAUUAAGAAGAUACGUACUGCCAAACCCAAUAACUUCGGGGCUGCUAUGACGAGUGGGCACGAAUUCCUUACAGGCGGUCCUUACGCACCGUAUCAUACGUCCCCAAGGUCAGAGCGAGGCAACCUACGCUUAUUUGACUUGACCUUCGCUUUGACCGAAAAAGCAGUCAUUGAACAGGAUUUGGCAUUUGCGUUCGCUCUAUCAACAGGUUGCUGUAGGUAUUCUUGUGUGUAA